GAGAGCUGUCUCUGUCGCUAGUCUGUUUUUCCUCUUUGCUUAGCAGAAAGCGGAUAUUGUAAAGUAGAGUGAGAGACAGACAGAGAGAGAAGCCAUCAGACGGAGUUGUCGUGCCAAUCUGGGCGAACGGAUCUCCCUUCCCGGCCUGGCCAUGGACGAACAGGCGGGCCCCGGUGUGUUUUUUAACAAUAACAAUAACUCGGCUUUGGCCGGCGGAGCAAAAGCAGUUCAGCAGCCGGGCGACGGAGGCGGAGAGGCGGUGAGGGCGCAGUAUAGUAUCCCGGGGAUCCUGCACUUUCUGCAGCACGAAUGGGCCCGCUUCGAGGUGGAGAGAGCGCAGUGGGAUGUGGAACGAGCCGAAUUACAGGCUCAGAUUGCCUUCCUACAGGGCGAACGGAAAGGCCAGGAGAACCUGAAGAAGGAUUUGGUGAGGAGGAUCAAGAUGCUGGAGUAUGCUCUGAAGCAGGAAAGGGCAAAAUACCACAAGCUGAAGUAUGGGACUGAACUCCUGCAGGGAGACAUGAAAGCACCGAGCUAUGAUUCAGAUGAUGGCAAUGAGAAUGAGGCUCUUCCAGAACCACCUAACAGCCAGCUGAGCUGGAAACAAGGAAGGCAGCUUCUGAGGCAGUACCUCCAGGAGGUGGGCUACACGGACACUAUCCUGGAUGUGAAGUCUCAGAGGGUGAAGGCGUUGCUGGGGCUGACGGGAGACAGUGUGGAGCGAGCUGGAGACCGGAGGACAGAGCCCAUGGUGAACGGCACGGAGCCUUCAUCUCUGAAGGAAAGCACCACCAACAUGAUGGGGAAACCGGAAAUGUCUGACUCUGCCACGGUUCUGGAGGCCUUCAAGUUCAUUGAGAGCGCAGCUGCAGAGUUCAGUGAUGAGGAGGAUGAGGAGGACAGUGAUGGGAGGGAAAAGACCAUCAUUGACUUGGCAACAAUGAUGAGGAAGAAAGUGUCCCCAUCUCCUUCCUCCUCCUCCUCCUCCUCCUCCUCCUCGGCUGAUCUGAGUGAUGACCCGGAUACUGAGGAGGCUCUGAAGGGGUUUGACUUCCUGGCCAGCAGUGAGGACAUGGAGGGCUCUCCAGAAUCUCCUGCCAUCGGAGAUGUGGCUGAUUGGGAGAAGGAGCCAAACGCCAUGACCGAGGCCUGGGAUGUGGACCAGAGUCUGAUCUCCAAACUCAAGGAACAGUACAGGAAGGAACGCAAGGGCAAAAAGGGGGUGAAGAGGCCAAACAAGUCUAAGCUGCAGGACAUGCUGGCUAAUCUUAGAGACGCAGAGGAUCUUCCCUCCAUGCAGCCGCCUGUGGCUCCCCCUGCCAGACCCAGCUUACCCCGACUCAAUGAGCAUGAUCUCAGCCGUGCUGAUGAAGUGGAAGCCCUAACAUUCCCUCCAUCCACUGGUAAAUCGUUUAUAAUGGGAGCAGAUGAGGCUCUGGAGAAUGAGCUGGGACUGGGAGAGCUGGCUGGACUCACUGUAGCUAAUGAAGCAGAGAGUCUGGGCUACGAUAUCACCAACAACAAAGACGCUCUGAGGAAGACGUGGAACCCCAAGUUCACCCUGAGAAGCCAUUUUGACUCCAUCCGCAGUCUGGCAUUCCACCCUCAAGAGCCGGUGUUGGUUACAGCUUCAGAGGAUCACACGCUGAAGAUGUGGAACCUGCAGAAAACAGCUCCUGCCAAAAAGUGUGCAGCUCUUGAUGUGGAGCCCAUUUACACAUUCCGAGCUCACAGGGGUGCGGUUCUGUGUGUGGUCAUGAGCAGUAACGGAGAGCAGUGCUUCAGUGGAGGAGUGGACGGAACCAUCCAGAGCUGGAACACUCCUAAUCCCAAUAUUGACCCCUACGACUCGUAUGAGCCGUCUGUGCUGAGGGGGGCGCUGUGUGGUCACAACGAUGCAGUGUGGGGUUUAGUCUACAGCUCGGCCCACCAGAGGCUGCUGUCCUGUUCGGCAGACGGGACGGUGCGACUAUGGAACGCUGCGGACACUACACCCGCCCUUGCCAUCUUUAACGAGGACACGGAAUUGGGCAUCCCCUCCUCUGUGGAUCUGGUGUGCAGUGAGCCGGCUCACAUGGUGACAGCCUUUAGCAAUGGCAGGACAGGUAUCUUCAACAUGGAGACACAGCAGCUGGUGCUGGAGCUGGAGUCUCAGAACGCUGGGGAGCCAGAUGCUCCUCGUCAGAUCAAUAAAGUGCUGAGCCACCCGACACUGCCCAUCACCAUCACGGCACAGGAGGACCGCCACAUUCGCUUCUUCGACAACAACACAGGUAAACUUAUUCACUCCAUGGUGGCUCACCUGGAUGCUGUGACCAGCUUAGCAGUGGAUCCAAAUGGCCUCUACCUGAUGUCUGGAAGUCACGACUGCUCCAUCCGUCUGUGGAACAUGGAGAGCAAGACGUGCAUUCAGGAGUUCACAGCUCACAGGAAGAAGUUUGAGGAGUCGAUCAACGAUGUGGCAUUCCACCCAACCAAGUGCUACAUUGGCAGCGCCGGAGCAGACGCCCUCGCCAAAGUCUUCGUAUGACCUCUGACUUCUGUGGCCUUGAGGAAGGGAAAUGGACCCUAACGGCAAAGACGAGAGUUGCCUUUUAGACAGAGGCUUUCCCUUCUGAUGAAUCUGAUGAAUAAAAGAGAAGGCUUAUCAGGUGGCCGUCACUCCAGCUCUCUUUACCCAAAACCCCCCUGUCUGAAACGUAUAACCCCUCGUCCAGGCAGGCCUGGGUGGGGGAAUAGGACGGAGCCACAACACUGCAGCUCAGUACAAACACUCUCUGUGGGAAGUCCAGACACCAACCCUGCUGGAGAGAACCUCUUCAUAGAAGUGUAGUGUGUGUGUGUGUGUAUGUAUGUAUGUGUGUGUGCGCGCAUUCACUCCUCUCCAGCAUGACCGGGUUGCCCUUAGAGCUGUCCCGCUUUGCCAACCUCACACGAAGUCAGGUGCUUCCCACACCGUUCGUUUUUCCUUCUUCCUUUCCUUUUUCUGCUUUCUGAAAAGAGAAAGUGAAAGAAGCCAAGGCUCCUGGCCUCGAUGGUCUGUGUGAUGUUCUCUCAGUGUAAACUGUUUGAUGACGAUGUGCCUUUGUUUCAAACACAGUCUCGGUAAACAGCGGUAACUUCAUAGGUCUAAGUCAAGCUCAGGCCAGAGGGAGUCGUCCCGCGUUAUCGACUCUUCACUCCCAGAGGGCCGUGCUGUAACAUAAUCAUCAUCAUUCCUUGUUUCUUAGUUUUAUGACACCGUGGGCUUUCCAUGGAUCCGUCUCGACAAGUUUCUACAGUAGGGGUAGGGAACUGCGGUAUAUUUUUCAUGAGCGUUAUAAUCUGGAUCACCAUGCUGAUAAGAAAACCUUCUUUUUAAAAUGAGUUCAUGGCUUUGACGUAAGAGGAGGUGUCACUGAGGGAGACCUUAAAGGAAUACACCAGCGUUUUUCAUCCUCAUUUACAGUCCACCAGGUCCGUAGCAUAUGUACAGAUUUCCAUGGAUAGGAUUUUGAUUUGUUCUUGUAUCAAUAGAGGAGCAAAAAUCAGUUUAAUCAAAAUUCACUUAGGUCUAAGGGCAGUUGUUAAGACAUUGAUAAUGGGGAAUAAAUCAGGUCUGCCAGUGUGUGAUGCAAAUUCAAAAAACUAAAACUAAGGUAAUUAUUCAAUACAGCAAUGUGCAAAACACCAACUUCUACCUAAACGUGAAGCUAAUGGCUAAUUUCCUACAGUAACAGUACAAAUAUUUAAUCAAAUAACAUUUAUAUUUGUUCUUUUCCUUUCUAUUAUGAAAGACAUCAGGUUGAAGAUGAUUCUAAAGCUCUUGGAGAAUCUGGUGAUCUGCAGUUGCUUCUGAACGUGGACAAAACAUAUCUAAAAACAGCUGUCUAGGAUUUAUAGGUAUCGGUUUCUUUCGCGUAAAUGAAUUACUCUUUUAUUAACUGCCAGAACAACUGCUCUUAGACUUCCUUUAUAAAUGUGUUUCUAAUAAAUCCAAGGGAUUUAUUCUGUUCUCAGUACAGGGAAAUAAUGUCUGUGGUACAUAUACAUACACUACAGGUUUGGUGGAUGCUAGAUUUAGUAACUCUGAAGUAUUCCUUUCAGUGUGAAAUGUAAGCAGGAUGUCCUUAUAUUCAGUAGACAUCGCAAAAUAUCAAAUCACAUGGCUUUGAAAAAUCCAAUCCACCAGCCGAGGUUUCUGCCGUUUUUCCUCACCCUCGUCUGUACGUGAUGUGAAGAUUUGGACCGCUGCCUGACUUGAAAGCUGGAGGCUCAGAGCUCUGAGGUUCUGUGAAGCGAUUCAAUCCCUCAAUGAGUUUCACCUUAUCUCUCUUCUCUGCUCCGCGAUUUUAAACGAUCGUUUCUUUUUCGUUCGCAGCGUGCUCUCCUCUGCAGCCUUUUUUGAAAAAAUAGAGUUAUAAAUAUUUAAUUAUAAUAUAAAAUAAUAACAUACGGUUAUUGUAUUAUAUUAUGAUGAUUGAGUAUUCUUCAUAGUUUGGUUCAAGUUCAUCCAGGAACUCGACUUGUACAUAGAAUGACUUUAAAAGUAAAUUAUUUAUUGAACCUUUUACGGCAUUUCUCUGUGGCUUUACAUCUAAAAACGAAUGGGUUUUUAUUGUGUUGUGUCUCAUUUCGAAAAGCACCUUUAAAUAGCUAGUUAAACUCUUCCCCCCACAAAAUCUGUAUGAUCUAAUUGUUCUAUAGGUUUAUAUCCAUUUAUAUUACAGUAUUUAUUGGAAGCAUUAGGUUGUGAUAUCUAAGCUUGUUUUAGUCGUAAACCGUGUCCUCGUUCAUGAAGGGGACAUCCGGCUGAUCCGACCCGAUCUGAUGUAAUAGACUUGUACAUUUUGUGCAACGGCUACAGUAUACUCGUUUAUUUUCCAGGGUUUUUAUUUUCUUAUAGUCGGACGCUUCUGCAGGGGUUUGUUGUUUUUCCGUCCACAGAGAACUCAAGACAUCACUUAUCGUGUAACGCAAACGUUGUAAUGUUCCAACAGAAGUAGUGAAGUCCGAUUCAAUCUGUCAUCAUGUGAUUGAUUAACUAGCCUAGAAUUAGAUUAGAUGUUGCAUUAAAAUGGAUGAUACUCAAGAAAGGAUCUUUUCUUUCUUUUUUCUUUUUUUUCUUUUUUUUGCAGUGUGUUUAAACGAACCUCAGACAAGCUGUACCAGAACUGCAGUGAUUUCAGCUCAGCUUUUACAGGUUUAAGGGAUUUUUCUUUGUUAUUUAUAUAAUAAUAGCCUCUUUUUCUUUCUUUAAGCCAAAUGGAUGAUGAUUAUUUAAGCCACCUGCAGUGGGGACGUGUGUGGGGUAAUCUGUGGCUUUGGAUGAUCAGGAGUUUUUUGCGAAUCUAUGACGUGUGUCUGAAGUUCAGAGAACAAAGCGCUUUUCUCAAAUCCCAACCUUUUGCACACUCCUGCUUCAACGCUAUGAUCUACCUGAAGGGAUGCUCUGUAUGAGUUUAAAUAUAUAUUUUCUAUAGAGUUACGUGGAACAAAUACUAGUUAUUUUUAUUUACUUCUUGUACAGGUGGUGACGGAGGCUGCAAAUGAAUCUUAAGCCAGAUGUGAUGCAGAUUGUUAGAUUAAUAUUUUUAAGGUUUUUGUUUUUUGUUUUUUUUGGUCUGUGAUUACUUGAAACAUGUUGAGUGUUUCUCUGAGGGUGCCUGUCUAAAAUCUUUUUGUUAAUGGGUGAAGAUAUGCUCAUUUUACACAGAUUUUAUGCCUUUUCUUUGAUGACGCGAGCACUACAAAGCAAAAGGAAGGGAAAGUUUGUCUUAUGUGCUUUUGCUGUCUUUAGUUUCAGGAUUUUUCAUUUUAAAUAAUGGAGAUUAAAGGGUUUUUAUGUUUGUUUGUUUGUUUUGGCUACUUCACCAAAUGGAGAAUAGUAUUAGGUAGAUUGCAGGGGUGUGUGUGUGUGCGUGUGUGUGUGUGUGUGUAUGUGUGUACAUACAUGCGUGUUCUGUACUUCUAAAUAAUGUGUCCUUUUGUUCUUUCAGGUGCAGAAUGAUUUUAGAAAUUCACUAUGUAUAGUUUUUAAGUGUUUGCAAAAAAAAAAAAAAAAGACUAUUUAUGGACAUGAAAUGCAGCGUAGAUUAUUAAAGUGCAAAAACAAACAAACUACUAAACAUUACGCAUGGUUUUAAAGGAACAGUUCAGCCAAAAAAGUGAAAUGUGUAGACCAUUUUCCAAUUGCACCAAACAUACACGGUCAACCAGGACGUAGUUCUUUAAAAAAAUUAUUAUUAUUAUUAUUAUUAUUAUUAUUAUUAUUAUUAUUAUUAUUAUUAUAAUUAUUAUUAUUAUUUUAAAAAAAGCUUCUCCAGUUUUGAUCCAUCAGUUCAGUCCGUUGUUAACAAUAACAUUUAACACCAAUAUUUCAGGAAUGAAAUUCUUCAUUUUAAACUUCUAACUUGUAAUGUUAGAUUGCAACACAGUUAUUUUGCUAUUUAAAGCAACUGUAGUUAAAAUCCUAGGGUACAAAUUAUUUUUAUUUUAUUUAUGUUUUUUGAGGGGGUAGAGAACCAUUAAGAGUUCCACCAGAUAUAUAAGCUGUGAAAUGAACAAGUGUGUAUGGUGCACUUUAAAAUACAACAAACAUUUAAAAAAUAAAUAAAUAAAUAAAGAAAUGGAUAGUAAGGACAGAAAGGCCGUCCCUCUAAUACUGCCUUUGUUCUCAUGGGCUUCCUGUGGGAUCUCUGGUUUCCUCCAUUCGCCGCAAAUAAAUGCCUAUAGAUGAAACAUCUCCUCUAAACUGCCCCUCCAUGUGAAUAGUUGUGUCCCUAUGCGGGGUGUGUCCCGUCUCACACCUCAAUGUUCCUUGCAUCCAUCAUGACAGCAACAUUUAUGACCAUGAUCACCCGACGGCGUUAAAGUCGGGAGAAUUUCUAUUUUGUCAGAACUGUUCCUUUAAUCUUCCUUUAUCAACUGUCUUAAAGAAACAACUCUGAUGUCUGCUGUUUCAUCGGUUUGCAUCAUGAAAGCAACGAAGAAUCAAGAUGAAAGAGUUUAUAGUCAUCGUCUUGGACAGGUGUAAUUACAGUCGAAUUAAUACGUCCAAGAUAAAACGAAUGAAAAUAAGAGUUAUAGUCUUAUUGACAAUUUUUAAACCUCUCUGAACAAUUCAGUAGUCUGCUCCUCAUUUGUUUAGAGGCUACAAAUGAUUCAGCUCGUUAGCUGGGAUUUUUAACACGCUAUAAUAUGAUUUCUGAGGUUUGCUGGCUUUAUGAUUCAGCAAAAAUGUGUUCAUGUUGCUCCUUUUGAAAAACCUAAACACUCCGGCAAAAUUCAGACUCACUCAGUAAACCCCUUACCUCGUUUGAGUUUGCACUGGAGCUAUGACGAUAAUGUAGUGAGUAAGUAUGAGGCGCUUAUAGAUACUAGUCUAGCAUUGUACAGACCACACGUCUAAAUCAUUACACACUCGGCUCAAACCGUCUCGUUCACGGUCUCAGAGCUAGAAUACCAGCCAUCUGACAGCUAGAAUCAUAUAUUUCAGUUUUACUUCCUGUUAUACCACAGCAUUGGCGAAUUCUCGAUUCUGAUUGGUCGGAAGGUGUUGAUUAACUUUCCAUAAACGCAGCUCUGACAGUAGUUCCAGUUUAUAUCCAUGCACUCCUUCUAAUGUUAGUGUUUCUACAGCAAGUUCUUAUGCAGGGACUUUCGUGAUGCUCCACAUAAUGAUUUCAAAGAUUUCAGGCUGAAGUUUUCGAUGACGAGGUGGUAGCAUUUGGGAAGGAGUCUCCAGUGUCAGCACUUUGACACAGUCAUAGUUGAAGCUAUAAUGUUGUAGCUCUGCAACAUGGCCAGCUGUGUUUUAACCUUUGAGAGAGAAAAAACAGAACCUGCUGAGAAAGCUAGUAUUUUAUAGAGCUCAUAACAUUUAAAGUUGUUUCACAGACAUUCUACAACAUUAAGUGUAACUAUUGAUGGUUUAAAACAAUGCCCUGUUCCUAAAUUUGAUACUUAAAAAUGAUGUGGUAUAAGAGGAAUAAAACACUUUAAGAUGUGCUGUUGUAAGAAAAAAUGUCAAUAAGCUUCGAUUUCCUUAUAACCGCAUGCCUCUAAUAGUUUAUUUUUUGAUAUGAUACAGAAUUAUUUUGUUUGCAAGUUGUUAUUUGGUUAAAUGACGUCAUGAAGCGUGUCUCUGACGAUACUGUAGGUCCAGUGCAAAAUAUAUAGACGUUUUUCAUCACAAAACUACUACAUGAGGUAAAAUGUCUAACGUAUUGCUUUAUUGUCUCACAAUUGUGUGUCAAACUAAUGAAACAGUCCAUUUUCAGACAUCUGAGUUGUUUUUAAAAUAUUAAAUUGAGGAAUCGUCGAUUCACAAUAACAGCGCCUCCUGCUGGUCAGAGACGGGAAUUUGUUUGGCUGACUUGGUUUUAAGAGGUUAAAAGUGGAUGUUAAAAGUGACGGACUCGAGUGCUGGUGUUUUUUAUUAGAACUGAAAUAGUCCACAUCAUAAAGCAGCACUAUUACACUGCCAGUGAGUGACCCCGGUAAUCCAGUGUGAACUUCAAACUCUCACUGGUUCCUGUAUUGCUUCAUCUGAGCAUUCAGCUAAUCUGUUGUUAUUAUUAUUAUUAUUAUUAUUAUUAUUAUUAGGCCACAGGUUUAAAGAGUGACACAGAUUUAGAAAGGACACAGGACACUGGAAUGAUGUGCUGUAUUCAUCACGUGUCACGUCUCGAGUGUGGUGUCCUGUGAUUCAGAGCAGUACUCUGUGAAGUGGCUAUUUUUAGUGUGUUUAGGAAGAAGUUGUUGUGAACACGCUGAACAAGAGCGCCUCUGCAUUUGCAUUUCCUCACUACAUUGAUUAUAAUCCUGAACGGGGUUCUUGUGUACUGAUCUGAGCGAGAUGCGAACAUGUGAAGCACCGGAGUUGAAAUUCUAACCCAUGUGAUGUAAAGAGAGAUUAUACAAAUUGGAUAAAUAUGUGAAUUCACUUGUACAUAUUUAUAGUUUAUUCUUUUUCAUGUUGUAUUUUCUUUCUUUCUUUCUUUCUUUUUUUUUUUUUUUUGCAGAUGGAAGACAUUUAUCAAUAUAAUACAAUAAUAAAAGAGAAUGUUGUA